UCUGUUAAUCAAACCGUGUGUACAUCGAACUUUCGCCAGACACUGUGAAUCGAGAAAACGACCUUACACACCUCUGCUAUGGCUAACUUUUAAGUGGACUGUACCGCGUGAAGAUCAAGGAUUGAAAAUGUUCUCAUUUGCAUUGAAAAGGCACUUCAAUCCCUGUGUGGGUCCAUCAUGGCGAUCGCUGCAGUGCGUACUCCGUGGGUCCAGCUGCAUGGUGAAGAGGGAAUGUUUUUACACUAGUUCCAACCCCUUGUUGGCUCCACAAGUUUCCAUGGCAACAUCACUACUGUUCCCGAAAUUAGCCUCCUUCAGGCUUCUGAGCCUCAGGCCCCUGAGCUUCUCUGCCUCUUUGCUCUGCCAGGGUCACCCCGUGCCCACGGCCCCUGGGAGAAGACAGGAGAACCAACAACGCCUCAGCAUGAAAGCCCUGGCCUAUGCGCCCAAGCCUGCUUUGUACCUCGGCUUCUCCGGCCUCCUUCCAUUCCUGGGUGCCCCCCUCCUGAUGGCUGUGACCCAGUCCUACCUCCCUGAGGUGGCCUACGCCCAGGUGGUCUACGGGGCUUCAAUCGUGUCCUUCCUGGGUGGGGCCCGCUGGGGCUUUGCCCUGCCUGAGGGGAGCCCUGCCCAGCCCAACUGGAUGAACCUUGGCAACAGUGUGGUGCCCUCCCUGCUGGCCUGGCUGGCUCUGCUCUGCAGAGACAACAUCACAGAGGGAGCCCUAGUGGUCAUCAUGGGGCUGGGCCUGGCCCUGCACUAUGACCUCACACUGCUGCCUGGUUACCCCGGCUGGUUCAAAGCCAUGAGAACCAUACUCACUCUGGUGGCUACCUUUUCCCUGGUGGCCACACUGACAUUGCAGAAGAUGUGCCCGGAGAAGAAGAUCAAUGCACAAGAGAAUUGACUAGGUAAUUACUAAGGGAUAUUAAAGUUAGCACUUGAAAGCUAAAUUCUCUCAAAGUGAACAGUGGAACUGACCAUUGUGGGAUUAGUUCAGUAGGAGCAAACAGGGAGAAAACAACAUUAAAAAAAUGGAAAUGGUGCAACGCAACAAACAUUUCCAAUAAAAUACAUUUUCACUGGA